GGCGGCCUGCCGAGGAUGUUCUUCUGCUCUGGCUGGAUUGCCGCGGAGGAGGCGACGAGGGCACCGGCUCUGGGGGGCUGGCUCGGUCGGCAGCGGUUCCUGCUGCGGAUGGGAGCGGGCCGGCUCGGCGAGCCCAUGGAGCGCCACUGCGGUGUCGCCGCCACCUCCGCCUCGUCGGUCCGGGAGCCGACGCCCGGCGGCCCCGAUGGGCGGCGCCGGGAGCCACUGCGGCGCCGGGCGAACAGCGCGUCGGCCCCCGCCGUCGGGGCCUCGGCUUCGGCGGAGGGCGUAAGGCGGGACCGGCCCGGCUCUUACAGCGGCGCUACGUCGGCCUCCCGUCAGCGCGUCGAAAGCCUCAGGAAGAAGCGGCCGCUUUUUCCUUGGUUUGGCUUGGAUAUUGGUGGGACCCUGGUCAAGCUGGUUUAUUUUGAACCCAAAGACAUCACUGCUGAAGAAGAAGAGGAAGAAGUGGAAAGUCUUAAAAGCAUUCGAAAGUACCUGACCUCCAAUGUGGCUUAUGGGUCCACGGGUAUUCGGGACGUGCACCUGGAGCUGAAGGAUCUGACUCUGUGUGGACGCAAAGGCAAUCUGCACUUUAUACGCUUUCCCACUCAUGACAUGCCUGCUUUUAUUCAAAUGGGCAGAGAUAAAAACUUCUCAAGUCUCCACACUGUCUUUUGUGCCACUGGAGGUGGAGCGUACAAAUUUGAGCAGGAUUUUCUCACAAUAGGUGAUCUUCAGCUUUGCAAACUUGAUGAACUAGAUUGCUUAAUAAAAGGAAUUUUAUACAUUGACUCAGUUGGAUUCAAUGGACGGUCACAGUGCUAUUACUUUGAAAACCCUGCUGAUUCUGAAAAAUGUCAGAAGUUACCAUUUGAUUUGAGAAAUCCAUACCCUCUGCUCCUGGUGAACAUUGGCUCUGGGGUUAGCAUCUUAGCAGUAUAUUCCAAAGAUAAUUAUAAGCGGGUCACAGGUACCAGUCUUGGAGGAGGAACGUUUUUUGGUCUUUGCUGUCUUCUUACUGGCUGUACCACAUUUGAAGAAGCUCUUGAAAUGGCAUCACGUGGAGAUAGCACCAAAGUGGAUAAACUAGUACGAGACAUUUAUGGAGGGGACUAUGAGAGGUUUGGACUGCCAGGCUGGGCUGUGGCUUCAAGCUUUGGAAACAUGAUGAGCAAGGAGAAGCGAGAAGCUGUGAGUAAAGAGGACCUUGCCAGAGCGACUUUGAUCACCAUCACCAACAACAUUGGCUCAAUAGCAAGAAUGUGUGCCCUUAAUGAAGAUGUAAGAUCUUGGGUCCCUCAGACAUCCAAGGAAGGAAGCUGCCAACAUCUGGAGUUCUUUGCUAACUUUUAAUGGAUCUAAAAUUUUACUUUUUUUGCUUACUUAGUGAGGUUGAAUUUCUUUGUCUGUGAUAUUUCUUGUAUAAUUUGCCUAUUUGUGUUACUUUUCUUCUUAGAAUUGGGUCUUAAUUUUUUUUACUUAUCUGUAUAAAACUUUUUAUUUAAUUGUAGUUAUUGUUUAUCAAAUUUAAUUCAAAUGCUUUUCCUAAUCUGUAUUCUCCUGUGACAUUUUCUGGCAUACUUUGAAGUAGGUUUAGAGUUGUCUGGGGAUCAAAUUUAAGUAGCCCUGGAUCAACUGGAUUAAAUGUAAAUACUUUUUUUUGAUCAGCAGUCAACUUGCUGCUAAAAACUAUGUACAUGGUACUCUCUUUGGGGUAGCUUUUAUGAGAGAACAGAAAUUAAGAUGAAAACUAAUUGCCUUUUUUUUGAUG